CUAUCGUGGACGAAGAUCCAGUCGAAACUGCGCCCUCUGUUCUCGAGAACGCUAUUGAUCCGUCUUGUAUCGCAAUCCUGUCACCUCUUAUUCCCUCUGGAAUCUGCUGUGUCUUCCGCCUGGUCUCGCCAGUAGUGUCUUUCUUAUCAUCAACUUCCACGGUUUCCUCUCGCUGGGUUCACUCGGUCGGAGACCUAAUCAGACUCCAAGAUUCCUGUCACUUCGCGUCACUGGCACUGACACUGAUCGCCAGCAGUGUCCAGCAUAAUGUCUUUAUAGAAUCCUCCCGUGACACCUGCAUGAUCAUGAGCAUGCCCAACAGGGUUCCGCCUUCCUGAACAUCUCCUUGUCAACGACUCGCGUGGUUGGCCUCCUGCUGCCGUUGUCAGCACUCAAACCAUGGCCUACGCUGCGGUCUCGCAGGCUGAGCACGAUGACCUCUCCAACGAUUCCCCCGAUGUGACUGCACAGGGCCUCGUACUCCCUGAAGUAUCCAGUCCGCGGUUGUCGCUUUCUUUCGACCGCGUAUCGCGAGAAGACAAUCUGUCGAGCGCACCCCACGGUGGCGAGGGUGCUUUAGGGGUCGGGAAUCUGCUCAAGUCAUUCACUUCGUCGCAGUCCUACGAGAUGGUUGAGGAGGAAGACUACGAGGCGGUCAAGACGCCAUCGCCUGAAGGACUAGGUCUAAAUAUCCAAGACAUUCCUUCGCCACAAAACGACAGCACGACAUACGAGUCAGAAGAGCCGCCAAUCAGAACCGCGUCGAUCAGUCGGGACCUCCCUUUAAAGCAUCCUACCCCAGAUCUCCACGCGCUGCAAGGGGCUUUGGUCAAGAAUGUGGAGAGACUGGAAGAAAGCGCCGAACGCUUGAGCACGGCCUCGAGCCUGGAAGAGGAAUUGAACAAGAUGAAACUUGACCAGAAGCGAUUGGAACGACAGUCAUCUGCACCUGCUGCGUUACUGGACCACCCUCCCCGUCCGUCAGUCCAAAGACAGGUCUCAAGUAGUUCGUGGUCGAACUCGAUCCUCGGCUUGAACCAAACGGCAAGGCUAGGGGGUUACUCACCUUCCGGGUAUAUUACCUCGCCAACCGGCUCCAUACAGUCUGGACGAUGGUCACACCAGCAAUACCUCGAGCAUCGUCCUUCCAGGGGCAAUCGUCCUGAUCAGCCACUGUCACGAUCGCCCUUGGAGAACCAUCCUUUGGACCAGCAGUCUGUCCCUCAAACGAACGUUCCUACUCUUCCUGAAUUCGAAGCCGUGGUCAACUCUCCUCGAGUCUCGAACGGCUCUAGCCGAGAGGACCGGCCAGCGACAUCUUCCUCGAACGAUACCCACCGCCAAGCACAAGCAGCUUUUCAUGACUUUGACGGUGUUUACUGCGCGCCCGGUGCGCGCUCCAUUAGAGAAUCCUCGCUAUCACGGCGCAUAUCCUUACAACAGCCUCCGUUGGCGCGUGACUCGAAAGCGUACAAGGAACCUCAGCCAGGGGAAAAUAUGAUCUACUAUCCUGCACCAGUCCCGGUUAUGCUGAACCUACCGCAGAGAUUGUCAAAAGUGGAUUUGGCUGGGCGGGAACGGCGUAGACUCCAGGGUUUGAGCACGAUUCCCGAUGAGAUGCGACACUCAGCACCAUGGCUGGCAGACCAAGAGAGUGUCAAAUCACAAAGUCAAAGAGAUAGUCUGAACCUUCCACCACAAUUGCGUGCGAAUGCUUUCUUUGAACAACCAAGUAUGACACAGAACUUGCAGUUGAAAAAUGGCUCGGCUGUUCAGACGUUGGACAGCAUACUGGAUGCAGCUGCAUAUGCCCCUGUCACUGGAUUUACAGAUCAUCCGAUAGCGGGUCCUGUUGGGAAAGAAGUGUACGGACAGAACAAGUCACCACGCAAGAGCACGCAGUCGGCCGAAGAGAAGAGCAAGAAACGUCGAAGCUCGCUGAGCACAAUGCUGAGGAGGUCGAGUACUGGUUUAUCAAUAUCCAGACUGAGCCGCACAAGAUCGAGAGACUCCAAGACGAUGCUGGUUGGCGACGGCUAUGCCAGUGGAGACGAGGUUGAUCGAGCCGCCGCGCAAUCUAUAGCACCAGACGCCGAUGAGAUACCUGACGACAACGAGGAAGUGGAGGACACCGGGCCUGUCGGAUUUUCGACGGCGCCUACCACCCUGCUUGCUGAAUUACAAAUGCGCAAAGCUCAACAGAAACAGCGCAACCGGACUGCGGCAGACGCUUUCCCGAACGGCAUGCACUCGACUCUGCUAGAGCUGGACGCCGUGACCCAGCUUCAGCAGAAGUCAAGGAAGUUGAAGCACGUCACUCUGGCAUGGGAAGAUCAUGACGAAGCCGACAAACACAACUUUGAUGAUGAUGAUGUACCGCUAGGUGUUCUUUUCCCCGAAAAAGACCGAGCCGCCAUUUUCAACGCCCAGCGGCCGGUUGGUCUUCUUGAGAGACGUGAGAUGGAAGACAACGAGCCGCUAAGUCAUCGACGGGCGAGGUUGCGGGGCGGGCCAACGUCGAUGAAUGCGCGAACAGACGGCAUUCCCGAUCUCCUGGAUGAACCAGAAGAUGAGACCCUAGCUCAGCGUGCCGCAAGACUCGCGUCAGCAAUACAGACACAGAACGUUGGCACGGCCAAGGUGAGCCAAGAAUUUGGCUCAGGUGAGACAACUGCUCAGCCAUCAAAGACACCUGAUGUUGAAGAGACCUUGGCUCAGAGGAAAAGGAGGCUGCAACAAGAAGCUUUGCGCAAUGGCCGGCAGAAGUCUGGGAAUGGUCUUUCAAGACAAUCAUCGAUGCAUAACUUGGCUGAUAUUCUGCAAGUUCAUCCUGUUGGUGUCAGGCAAGUUUCUCAGGAGUCUAGAGCCUCAGGACUCGGAAAUGCUCGUACGCAGAAACCACUGCUGCAAUUCGACAACACGCCCCAAUAUCCGCACAUGCAGAUGAACAUGCCGCGUCUUCCAGCUCAAAGCCUGAAUUGGGGUUCUACUCAGCAAAAUGGUGUCAAUAUGAAUGGGUUGUACGGAAAUUUCUACCCAAACAGUGCACCAUACAUGAACGGGUCGUUUGCUGGACUGACCCGCUCAAUGUACAGUGCCCCCAUGCCUAUGCACAUGCAACAAUCUAUGACGCAGAAUCCGUACGAGUAUAGUCCUCAGCCGUACGUCCAGGAUCCGAUGAUGGGACCACCUCUCGACCCGAAGCAGAGGGCGCAAAUCGAUCAGUGGCGGGAAAGUAUUGUACAGUAAAGCCUGGAUGUUUUCUAGAGACUUGUUGAAGAAGUGGCCUCGCUGACCUCGUGUUGGGUAUUUUUCACAUGGGACCUCACAGAGAGCAACAGAUGUUGGAUGUGGUGGCAUUUCUCACUUGGUAUAGAUUGAGGUCCGGGAAAGAGCCAUGUCUGUAUGAGUAUUAUGAAACACCGAGGUGCUGUUCAGCAUAUCGAUACAGCGCUUACGACUGACGUUGAGACGAGUGGUCUCCAUUUCAAGAAUCUGACUGAUGAACGCCAUCAGAAUUCGGGACAAUUAUUAUGAGAUUGAAGUGUUGCACGUUCACGCUUAGGACUUUCGAGAUGGUUUAAUUGAAUCGGU